AUGCCACGAAAGUCGGAUGACCUCGACUUCAAUAUACACGUCGAUCCAUCCUGCCUAAGUACACCAAUGGACGAAGAAACCAGCAUUGUCGUCGACAACGAGGAGGGAGCGUCUUCGCUCGGAGAGAUUACACAUCACGACAAAGAGAACGCAGGACCGGAAGCACUGGGAGCAACAGAGAAAGACACAAAUGACCCCCUCGAUGAGAAAGAAAGCGAUACCGCAGUCGAAAACUCAGUUACACUGCAGCAAGAUGAAGUGACUGAAACCUCGGAACCUGGGCUAGAAGAAGGCUCGGCCGAGGAAGACAAAUCCAUUGAAGAUUUUGCAGACAAGAGCACAGAAGAGAUGAAGCAACCGGCAGACGAUAGCAAUGUCGACCAGGAACCCGAGGUUGGCCCGGAGCAGGCUGUCGAGGAUGACGAGGAGACACCAAGGGCAUCCGUCAUGGCCGUUCAGGACGACGACCAAGAUGCCUCCCGCAGAGAUUCUGGUGGUUCUGACAGGAAAACCUCAAUGAGAACGGAGGCACUCAUCCAGGCCGCUGCAAAAGCUGUUGUUGCCAAGAUCGAGCAGAAAGACGACGCGGGCAAAUCUGAGGAGUCAUCCCAUGAUGAGCCAGACGCCGACAAAUCGCUUUUGAGCAACAUAUCGGAUGCUCAUGACGACGACGGCGACGACGACCAUGAUAUCUCAUUUCAAGAAACUGCAAACUCAGAAAGCAGACGGACUUCCACUGAUUCACGUGCACUGGAUGCCGUCGACCAAGCCCAUUCGGAGGGCGAGGCUGGUGGUGACAGCAGUGAUCCCCAUGACCAGGACGACGACGACGUCUUCAGUGACCGGAGUCCCCGCAGUUCUCUGGGGUCCGUAAAUGCAGAUGGAGUGAGCGACAGGCCCGACUCUAGCAAGUCAGGCGAUUACAAGUCAGGUGACUACAAGUCCAGACCUAGGGACCAUGGGUCUGAGCAUAGGCGCUCAGCUAGAAUUUCUGGCAUCUCUGAAUUUUCCCAAUUUGACGCUGGAAGCCAGCUAGAUGACGGCGAAGAAUACAUGAUACCGACAAAGACCACGCCCAGGCACCCUUUCCGCACCAUAUCGGACGUGCGUGCUAUGCAGAUGUCUUCACCGGCUCCAUCGGUUUUUUCUACUCCUCGCUCCGGCAAGAAACAUGGAAAUAAUCCUCAAUCAGUUUCACGGAUGGGUAGUCCCGGUGUGUCAGCCCAAUACUCGCCCAAGGGAAGACCCACGCCACCGCGAUUCCGGGUAAAGAAGGAGUCAGCGCCUCUUGUCCUCCUGCAUUGCACUCUGCUACCCCUUCGGUGGGCCUGGGCUGGAGUCCUGAACGAGGGCCGCCUGGAUCUCGACGAAGCAACCGAGGGUGGUUUUAAGCCCAGCGAAGAGCUUAAAGGGCUUCGCGACAAUUGGCGUAUUCUCCAAGACCGAAUGGGCGACACGGUGCUCGAGAGAGGAAUUCUCUUACCGCACCCUGAAGCCGACUAUGAGGUCCUGGAGGAGAGGCUGCUUGAGGCACUUGAGCUGCCUCUGCGCCGAAGAGCGAGGAUUCUCGAAUGUGGCCACUAUCUAGGUCCCUCAAACAUCAGCGAGAUCGACGACGAGGAGACAGACAGCGAGUUCGAGGACGAUGUCACCUCAAGUGUUGGUCGAAAGCAGAGCGAGAGUGACAAAAGACACUGGUGUGCCACAUGCAAACAUGACAUUCGAUACGAAAGUCUUGGACCAGGUCGUAUUUUUCGUGUCAAGGUCUACGCCAGCAACGGGCUCAUGAAGGCCGGGGCAUGGGGUGCUUGCUGGAAAGAGAUGGAGAGAGUUGACGUCGAGGUCGAGCCUAUCGUUGAGCCAGCGGUUCAGGGCGAAUUGGAGCGUUUGGAGUCUUGGCAGGCUGCAGAAAGGCGAGAAAUCGAGGCUAGGGCCCAAGAAGCCCAUGAAGCUCAUCAAGCCAUGGAUGGUGGAGAUGACUUUGAUUUUGCAGAGAGAGACGACAUCAUGCAGAGCAUUGAGCAAGACGACUUCCGCCACUCUUUCAACGGGUCUGCCGCCGAUCAGACGGUGCUUCAUCAUCGGUUCUCUUCCCCACGACACAUUCAAUCCCCAUCUCCAAACCCAAUGCUUCAUGCCUCCUCCCCGCCUCCGCCGUCGGGAAGUGGCCGCAUGUCUGUCGAGCCCCGAGAACGGGAUGGAGACAGAAAAAGACGUGAGGAGGAAAGGCUCCGUGAGAUCUAUGGCCAUCAGUCGCCCGAGUCUCAUGAUGGAAGGAUGAGGGCCAACUCCCAUCAUGUGCGGCAGUACAGCACUUCCCGGCAACAUGGAUAUUCCUCGCCACCUCCUUUAGACAACUCGAUGGCUCUUGGUGGAUCACAUCGUAGACCGGACAGCAGGAGCCUGCCGUAUCAAGACGUUUACGGGCUUCCAUCGCCACCACGGGACUCUCGUAUCGAAGAGUCGGGAUCGCCGGUCAGGGGUGAUUAUAGGGGUCGUCAUCAGUAUGACGACAGCUACGCACCACAGCAUCAGGCCCCAGCCUCGCCUAGUGAGCAAGCAUACAGGAGGCGAGAAGAACAGCGGGAACACAACACCCCUCAGCACCGUCGUCGAGGUGACGAAUCUCUGCCGGAACUGCUUCUUGAGGCAGCAAAAGUUCUGUUGCGUGACCGGAGGAAUGUUGCAAUUGCGGCUCUCAGCGUCAUGGUUGUGUUGUUCGCUUUGAAGCAGCCAGCCUAUUUGAUGUCGGGAGUCUCUGGAGUUCAAGAACGGGAAGCAGAGAUCGCACGAUCGAUUUACCUCCAUCAACAGCAGCAGCAGCAACAACAACAGCAGCAGCAGUUCAAGCAACAGGAGGCCGCUUCAACUUUGACUGCCCCUGUUAUACAGAAUCCCAUAGUGGCCGAGGCUCAGCAAGCCCCCGUUGUCGAGGUAAAGGCCAGUGCUCCUAUGCCCGAGCCUCCAGUCAUGUCAGUGGCCACUUCCUCGACUCCGAGCAUCGAGCCCGAGGCCGCUUCUUCAGCGCCUCAUGGUGCUCCUGCACCUGUUGAUGCGCCUGCCAUUAAGCCGAAGAAAAAGAAAACUAUUCGAGUAUACGAGACAGUGACCGAGACCAUCAAGGUGACGGCUACUGAAGUGGCUUCAGCUGCUCCCGAGGUGUCUAAUGUGGACGAGGACGAGGAAGAGGAAGAAGUCGAGAUUGAGAUCGUCACCCAAACAGAGGUCGUCAAGCUCCCUGCUGCAACCCAGGGCGCAACAACAUCCCAGACUGAGGCCGAAGACUCCAAACCAGAGGUACCCGAGGUCUCCGAUCCCAACAAAGUUGAUGCCGAUCCCGAGGUCGCUACUCAAAUCAGUCAAUUAGUGGUCGAGGACUCCGCAAAAGAGGCUCUGGACGCAUCGUCAUCCGCCCCUGAGGGGGAUCAGAUAGUUCCAGAAAUGGAACAGACCUCAACGCCUGAUCCAGUCGACGUUGAUGAGGAGCUGUGA